AAUAGAUAUAAUCUGCGGUGUGUUAUGGAAGCCCAAGUGGAGAAUAAUAGGAUAAAGAUGAUGUAAUGUGAUGGUGAAGGUGGACCCCCGGGGCGGCCACAACAACACACGUUCCUCACUCUCUCAAUACUAACACUCAACUACCACUUACUCACUCAUUUAUUCUACUGUAACUCACACAUCAUGGGUAUCCUCGAGAGAAUCGGCGAGAUAGAGAAGGAGAUAGCCAGGACACAGAAGAAUAAAGCCACUGAGUACCACUUGGGUGUACUGAAAGCCAAACUAGCAAAGUAUCGAACACAACUACUUGAGCCACAGGGCAAGAAAGGGGAGAAAGGUGAGGGUUUUGAUGUUAUGAAAAGUGGCGAUGCCAGAGUGGCACUAAUUGGCUUCCCAUCUGUUGGCAAGUCCACUUUGCUGAGCACAUUGACCAACACUCAGAGUGUAGCAGCAUCGUACGAAUUCACAACACUGACCUGCAUUCCAGGAGUUAUUGAAUAUAAAGGCGCCAACAUCCAGUUGUUAGAUUUACCUGGUAUUAUUGAGGGUGCUUCCCAAGGAAAAGGUAGAGGCAGGCAGGUUAUUGCUGUGGCACGGACAGCAGACUUAGUGAUCAUGAUGGUAGAUGUUACUAAAGGAGAGGUUCAAAAAGAUCUGCUUACUGCAGAAUUAGAGGCUGUUGGCAUCAGACUUAAUAAGAAGAAGCCUGGCAUUUACUUUAAGCAAAAGAAGGUUGGAGGAAUCAAAUUUAAUGCAACCUGUACCCUCACAAAGAUUGAUGAGAAGAUGGUGCAAAUGAUACUCCACGAGUACAAGAUCUUCAAUGCUGAGGUGAUCUUCAGAGAAGACUGUGCCGCUGAUGAAUUGAUAGAUGUUAUUUCCGGUAACAGAGUGUACAUGCCUUGCCUUUAUGUGUACAACAAGAUUGAUCAAGUGUCCAUUGAAGAAGUGGAUAGAAUUGCUCAUCAGGUUAAUUGUGUUGUUGUCAGUUGUAACAUGAAACUCAACUUGGACUACCUUUUGGAGAGAAUGUGGCAAGAGCUGUCUCUUCUACGUAUAUACACAAAGAAACCUGGGAGAGCUCCGGAUUUUUCUGAUCCCAUUAUUCUUCGUGGAGGGGCUACAGUAGAGCACGUCUGCCACUCCAUUCAUCGAUCUAUUGUAGCUGUCUUCAAAUAUGCAUUAGUCUGGGGUAAGAGUACAAAAUUCAAUCCCCAGCGAGUUGGUAUUCAUCAUAUUAUGAGUGAUGAAGAUGUUAUUCAAAUUGUUUCCAAAAAAUAAAUUUAUCAUAUGGUAUAUUGUUUUAUCAAAUAUUGUAAAUUUACUCCUUUAUAUCUCAUGCAUUUGACUGACUUGUUUAGAAAUGCCAGAAUAAAUGUUGUCAUUGCAUUCACACAUAAUCCGAAUGUCACCUGAACUUACAUAAUGUGGGCAAAUAAGGCACAGUGGGUCUCAGAUUUUUACUACAUUAUUAUGAAAAUUUAUUUUGGGUAGAUUUUGCUGAAAGGAAAUCAGUGUCAUUGGCAUUGAACAUUGUAAAUAUCAGGUAAUAGAAUGAUUGUAUUAUUUCCACUGUCUGUUGAAGUUAUGUGCCAUUCUGACAGUUACUACCGGUAAGACUGCAUUGCAGCUAAAUACAUACAUUGAAUUUUUGCCGUCAUUACAUGUUUGUUAAUAAAUUAACACAUUUGUACUUCUUAUAGUUAACCAAGAUUUAUAAAUAUGAAAUAAAAGGACAUUUUCAGUACAACUUACUUCUUUCUGUGUACGUAAAUCUACAUACGAAUUAUUCUUACUUUUGAUGGUGAUUCAAGAGAAAACUUACUCAUUUAAGGUAGGACAGCAUUAAAAUUUUCACAUUAAUUAUUCUGUACAGAUUAAUUGUUUUUAACAUACCGGCUGUCACCCACCAAGGUAGGGUGACCCAAAAAGGAAACACUUUCACCAUCGUUAACUCUUAUCACUGUCGUGUCAGAGUUGUGCCAGUACUACAGUUCAGAUGCCCCUCCAAACUCCAAAUAUCCCCAUCCCUCCAGGACUCAAGUCUGGUCAUUUUAAAUUUUUUGUUGAAAUCAAAUAUGGCAUGCAAAUGUGAUGCAUUUAACGAAAAAUUAGCAAAUCUGAAGCUGGAAAAUAUUGGUAAUAGUAACAAAAAUAUUAGUUUGUCCUUGUUGGUGUGAAUUUUUUAAUAAUUUUUUUUACUAAACAUUAUCACCUGUUGCUUUCAAGAUUUGUGUACAGUAUUAUAUGCAAAAUGUCCAUUUACAAGUGGAGUCAUUAUAAGCAAACAUUGUAGUUCACCAUGAACAUGACAACUCUUAAUAAUAUUUCACUGGUAGUACAUAGCUUGAGCCAAAGUGCUUUCAUUAUACAAAUGUUCAUCUCAUUGUCUUUCACAUUCAGAAUUUAAUGUACAUAAAGUACUUGAGAGGAGAUAAAAAAGGAUUUAAGAGUCCAGAAGAGUGAUGAGUGUCGACAACCAUCUUGAUCAUCCAUCAUAACUACUAUAGUUGGAACAUGCUUAGUGGACUAUAGUGUUCUUUUAAAAAAAAAAGUACCGAAAUUCGGAAGAGUCUUUGAACGUUGCUUUUAAUCUCAUUAAUUUUUGUUAGUUAAACAAUAUGUUGUACAAGCAAGCCUUGGUGUAAGUAGCUCCAUUAGAAGUGUCCAAUUAGAACUUUGAGGCAGUGUAUUAUACCACUCCCCCAUAUAUAUACAGAAUUUUUAACUUGGUUAUCUCAUCUCAGAAAUUUAAAGAAUGCUACUAAAUUUUCCAGUAACUCUUGCAGUCAUCAUUCUGGCCUCUAUUUAGUGAGUAUUGUGUGUAUUACAGUAUUAUACAGGGUAGUAGUAUCUGUUGUGUAAGAUAAAAUGUUUCAUCAUAUGUAUGUUUUUGGCCUGAAUAUUUUUCACUUGGAACCAUUACUUUUUUUAAUGUGUUUCUAAUCCUUUGAAAAUCGCCGUCUUUGCAACUGACCCACAGUUAUGCGAGGCUUGCUUGUUUAUGAAGCAGAAGUGUUUGAGGAUUUUAUGUCUUGUUUAAAAUUACUUCACAAAUAUCUUGCUUUUUGUUGAUAGAAAGAAAGACAUUAAUAUGUGAAACCUGCAGUGUAAUGUAUACACUCAAGAAUGGCAUACAGUGCCACUGAUAAAUUUUGAAAAAUAAUACUGAUUUGUGUUAACUCCUGAACAGUGGGGUAUUACACAGUUUCAGCACUUGGUAUGUCAGCCCUUCAAAAAAAAAAAAUAAAUAAAAUGGGUUAACUUGAUUUAAAGUUAUUUUCUUUGGUGCAGUUAAAGCAUUAGUAUUUUCUUGCGUUAAGUAUUUUUUUAACACUCUGGCCAUCUCCCAGCGAGGUAAGGUGACCCGAAGAAGAAGAAAAACAUGGAGUGAGUGAUGGUGACGGUCUAUAUUCUUGGUGGUAGACAGCUGGUGUGUUAAAAAAAAAAAUUAAUAAUAAUACUAGAUGUUGAAAUAAGAAAUUUGUUACAACCUGAAUAUUCUCCAAGGAGUACAUAUUAUUUAUCGUUAUUUGAGUGCCUAUAAAUCUUUGGUUUUGUUUUUAUUAAAAGAUUUUUUUUUGCAUUAUAUGAGCUGCUUACCACUGUUGCUAAGUUAGCGAUUGAAUAAUUUUGCAUAGACUAGAAAAAAAUUGUAUCAAGGCAAAAUAAGACAGUUUUGUCAUAAUUAAAAAAUCAGCAAAGCUCAGGGAUUUAUAGUAAAGAAUGAAUUGUUAACACUUCUAUAGUAGCCUCAGUUUAAUGUUAAUAGGAAAUUUAAAGAUCUACUUUUCAUGUUUGAGAGUUGAAGCUGCAGCAUCUGUAUUCUAGAAUAAUUGUGGUGGUAUAGUGUAUUAUAUUUAUUUGCUAGUUGAUAACUACUGUAUUUGGAAUAUAGAAUUGUGAAAGAAGUGUGUACAUAACUUGCCGAUAUAAUUCCUUUUCAUUUGAGGAGUUUAUAUUGUGAAAAAAAUUUUUGUAGUGGCUUCAUUCUUGCAGUGGGUUUGAACAUGCACCCUGUGGUAAUUUUUUUUAACAGUUGAAAGUCAAUAAAACUUGAGAACACUAA